AAUGCUGUAUAAUCAACAAAGUGUAUGUAAUAAUUUUUGACGUAUAAACGUACUACGUUUACUAUUUUAAUUUGUUUAAAUAACGCAGUGUCUAAAUGAAAUUGCGUUCAAUUCAUCUCAAGAAAUACAACUCGAAUUACUUGGACAUUUCACAAUCGAAUUAGUCAUCAGUUUGAAGAAUUGCACUGAUAAUACAUCAAAAUGGGACUAACUCUUUCGUCUGCCCUAACCCGGCUCUUCGGUAAAAAGCAAAUGCGUAUUUUGAUGGUCGGUCUAGAUGCAGCUGGUAAAACAACUAUUUUGUAUAAACUGAAACUUGGAGAAAUCGUCACCACCAUUCCAACAAUCGGUUUCAACGUCGAAUCUGUGGAUUAUAAGAACAUCAGUUUUACCGUUUGGGAUGUCGGAGGUCAAGAUAAAAUCAGACCAUUGUGGCGUCAUUAUUUCCAAAACACUCAAGGUUUAAUUUUCGUCGUGGAUUCCAACGAUAGAGAUCGAAUCGUAGAAGCUGAAAAAGAACUUCAUAAUAUGCUACGAGAAGACGAAUUGAGAGACGCUGUGCUGUUAGUAUUCGCCAAUAAACAAGAUCUUCCUAACGCCAUGUCUGCUUCUGAACUGACAGAAAAAUUAGGACUGGGGCAUCUACGUAACCGACAGUGGUUCAUUCAGUCCGCUUGUGCUACCCAGGGACAAGGUCUAUACGAAGGAUUGGAUUGGUUAUCGAAUGAAUUAUCCAAAUGAACUUAAUCUUAAAUAAUUUACGAUGUGUAUAGAUCUCUUAAAUAUCAUGAUGCGUCGUUUUUUUUUUUUUUUGUAUUCACCAUGCGAUAUUUACGCUGAUUCGCUUUUGUUUUCGUAAUGCUAUUGUAUAAUUAUUAUUCGUGGAUGGCGCAGAAUUCAUAUAUUGUAUGUGUAUAUAUCUAUUUUACGUUGUAUUUUUCCUCAUUUUUAGUUUCUAUCUGCAGCAUUACUUUAAUUUUUCAAAUGCACUUAAUUGUUUUAAACAAGCAUUAAUUUAAACCCGGUGCAGUGUCGAGACCCGCCGAUAGAAAUUAUUCCCGAUGCUGGUAAAAUCCGAAAAAUUUUCGUUCAGUUGAUUACGUAUUGUCUUUCAAUGUUUUCCAUUGUUAUGUAUUAAAAAAAAUAUCCUUUCUUACGUCAUCGUUUUACAUGGUGGAAAUUUUUUCUUACGUUUUGUACGAGUUUUACAUACGUUCUCUUUUCUUUUUUGUAAAUUGAAGAUGUUAUCAUGUGGUACUUGUAGUAGUUAGAUCCUGCGUACGAUGAAGUUUACCAGAAUCAAAUCGACUAACUGUUAAUUUUCAUGUCGUUAUAGAAUGUAAGUAAAUAAAACGAUGAAAUACGUAAA